AUGGCACUCUCUGCCUCCGUUCUGGCAGGACCCAUCCAGUCCUCCGAGCCCCAGUUAGAGAAUGGAGAGGGCCCAGCUGGCAUUUGCUUCGGUGGCUGCGGUCCGGGGAUCAUCAAGCGCGAGCCUGAACCUGUUGCCGAGCCCGAGCCAGUUCCCAAGCCCCAGCUCGAGAACGGCGAAGGGCCUGCAGGUAUUUGCUUCGGUGGCUGCGGCCCGGGGAUCAUCAAGCGCGACCCUGAGGAAUCCUCGGUCGCUACCUUCUAA